AUUUAAUGCAGGAUUAUUUAAUAUUUCUUUCCAUCCGUGGUAAUUACACAUGAAAUACUUAUCAAACCGGAUGUACCGUUGUAGUAUUGUGUUCAAUUAUCUUGACUCGUCGGUGUUAGUUCGUAUAUUCAGAGAACCACGACGAAGUUCGCCGUCGUCGACGUACACCGAAACCUGUGUGUUAUAAAAUUCGUGCAUUUUUUGUUUUACCUCCAACCACAUUCGACGAACUUGCUGGAUUCCUGUACCAAAAAUGAAUACAACUCGACAUUGAAAGUGCCAUUUCAAGGUUAUUAUAGAAUCAAUGAUCCUGCGCUCUCUUUUCGCAGUGUAAAUAUAAUCCCAACGAUUUGCUCUUCUCUAUGAAUAAAGUCUAAUAACAGGUGUAAUAGCCUACACUCUCCAAUCACCCGCAACCCUGGACUCUAAAAACCUCGCCAAUGAAUCAUGGUCCAGUUUCUUUGUAGCUGUAAUCAAGAGACAAUAUAUCAAUUAAUCGAAUGUAGUUCAACUAUAGCUCUUGGUGAUGUGGGCCAAGGUAAAUGAUCUGCUAUUAACAUAAUUCAGAGACCCCACUCGCUCGACGCAACGAAAUGCGAUCAUUUAAAUGAAAUCAUUUGAAGGCAAACCGAGUGAAUAGCUUUUUAAAUUAUUUGGACCAAUAGGAGAGUGCGUAACUUCCGAUUGGUCCACAGUCGACGAAUCGGAAUGAAUGUUUCUAAGUCGAUCUGAAAUUUUGAAAUCAAAGAAGUUCUAGCGAACUUUCCAAUCACGACCGAGCCCUGCCACCAGAAAAAUGGACAGUUCACCUUGAAAGUUCGUUAUUGACUCGCAUGAAAGUCAUUCUAUCUAAUCUUUCAUGCAAUUUUCAUACGAAUCCAUGGGCAGUGAGCGUCCACUGUUCGAAUGAACAACUUCUCGAGGUGCAAGUCGAGAUCAAUACUUGGAAAUGGCUAGCAGACGCGUAUUUGACGACAAAAGCAAGGAAGAAUGCUUGAGUUUGUACAGGAAGUCGUUGGAGUCGAAAGACAUGGACCACGACGGUACACACUUCGAUGGAGAACAUCCCCAUGUAUUCGUCAUCUUCGGAGCUUCUGGUGACCUUGCAAGGAAGAAGAUUUACCCAACGUUGUGGUGGUUGUUCAGGGAUAAUUUGCUGCCCACGAAUACCAUAUUCAUAGGCUAUGCGAGGUCCAGCACAACUGUGCUCGAUAUCAAGAGCAAAUGCGAGCAGUAUAUGAAGGUGAAACCCAGCGAAAUUGAAAAGUUCCAGCAGUUCUGGAAGAUAAAUUUCUAUGUAGCCGGCUCCUAUGACAGGGAUUCGGAUUUUGAAAGACUCGACAGGGAGAUUCGCGUGCACGAAACUGGACCGAACGCUAAUAGGGUGUUCUAUUUAGCCUUACCACCGUCUGUAUUCGAAACAGUAACUGUUCACAUCCGAGGAAAAUGCAUGGCUUCUAAGGGAUGGACGAGGGUCAUUAUAGAGAAGCCUUUCGGCCGCGAUUCCGUGACCUCCGAGAAGCUAUCCAACCAUCUCUCGACUUUAUUUACGGAACAACAGAUUUACAGAAUCGACCAUUAUUUAGGCAAAGAAAUGGUGCAAAAUCUGAUGACUCUACGAUUUGGAAACAGGAUAUUUUUCCCAAUCUGGAACCGGGAUAAUAUUGCAUCCAUACAGAUUUCCUUCAAAGAACCUUUCGGUACGCAGGGUCGGGGUGGAUAUUUCGACGAGUUCGGUAUUAUCAGAGACAUCAUGCAAAACCACCUGUUGCAAAUCCUAACGUUGGUGGCAAUGGAGAGACCGGUUAAUUGCCAUCCAGAUUCAAUUAGGAAUGAGAAAGUUCGUGUUUUAAGGUGCAUUGAACCAUUGCACACAAAAGACGUGGUUUUAGGACAGUACGUUGGAAACCCAAAUGGAUCAGGACAGGAGACGUUGGGAUAUUUGGAUGAUUCAACUGUGCCGGGUGGAUCCGUGACACCUACCUAUGCAUUGGGAGUAUUGAAGAUUAAUAAUGAAAGAUGGGACGGCGUACCAUUCAUAUUAAAGUGCGGUAAAGCUUUGAACGAGCGCAAAGCUGAAGUUCGUAUUCAAUUCAAGGAAGUUCCUGGUGAUAUUUUCGAUGGUAAAGCCAAGCGCAACGAACUGGUCAUUAGGGUACAACCUGGUGAAGCUUUAUACGUUAAGUUGAUGGUGAAAACUCCUGGUAGUCCAUUUGAUAUGGAGGAAACAGAAUUGGAUCUAACGUAUGGUAGCAGAUAUUCCAACGUGAAAUUACCCGACGCCUAUGAAAGAUUAAUCCUCGACGUUUUCUGCGGGUCCCAAAUGCACUUCGUUAGAUCGGACGAGCUCAGCGAAGCCUGGAGAAUAUUCACACCUCUGUUGCACAAUAUUGAAAACAACAAGGUUCAACCAAUUCCUUAUACGUAUGGAAGCCGCGGUCCAAAGGAAGCCGAUGAACUAUUGUCCAGUAAUAACUUCACUUAUUCUGGUUCCUAUAAGUGGAAACCAACUUAAAAAUAUAUAUUCCUACCGUCCUACAGUUAGUUACAACUGUUUUUUUUUUGUAAAUAACUUUAAUUGAUAAUAUUUAUUGAGGUGUUAGGUGAAUGGGUAAAAAAAUUGCGGUAGUUGAUUGUGUUUGUAGUUGAUACUAUUUAUUUAUUUACACGAUUUCAUUGCUUUAUUUAAAUAAAUAACUGAUUUGAUG